CCCGUCCACCUCCAAGCGCAAGUAGCCGAAGCUCUACCCCUCACAACAACCCUACCAAAGCUGCAUAUCACAAUCGAAUCGAAUGCUAAGGUAGGUAGCAACCAAACGUGAAUUGAGGCGCAUCGUUAGGGUUAUGUACAGCCACUUCAACAAGAGUUCAUGAGUACUCCUCCCUCGGGAUAGUCUCCGGAAGGCCACCGUUUGCACACUCAGACCAGCUCACGUCUCCCCUCUCCUCGUUGCGGCAACGGCUAUCGGUUUUCACGCACUUGUGCCCCUGAGACCCUGAGACCCCGAGACCCCAAGACGCCAUUGUUGUCUCUGUCUAACCCCAAGAGGAAUCAGAGAUCAUCAUGGCCCUCACUGUUCUCACGGACGAACAGAUCAGGACCAUUCUGGAGAACCUGACUCGUGAGGAGUAUGCCGGCUUCAGAGAAUCCAUGGCUAGAACCCUCCAUGAGUAUUCCACCAAGAAUAACCAGGCGCCUGAGGAGGAGUCCUACCAUCAGCCACACCGUGUGUCUACCCAAAAUCACACAACGGGGGCCACUACCCUAUACAUGCCAUCAUGCAGUCCACUCGGAAUGGGAUGCAAAGGUAAGCCGACCACCAGCGACCAACUAGCAACGUUCUCACUCACGUAUUUUGUCACCCUCAGCUCCAGCGACAGCGCCAAGCCUCCCAUAAAGCCCACGGGUGCCAUCACUCUCCUCUCCCCCAGGGGAAAGCCCGUUGGCUUCGUCCACGCAAAAACCCUCACUGCCUUUCGCACAGCCGCCCCCUCCACCUGCCUCCUCGCCAGGCGCAGCACCGUCGAGACCAUCACCGUAUUCGGUUCCGGCCUCCAAGCCUACUGGCAUGUCCGCCUCGCCCUGCUAACCCGCGGCUCCUCCGUUCGCCAUGUGAACGUCAUCGUGCGCUCUCUCUCCGACAACGCCAAGUCCAUUCUUGCCCAAUUCCAAGACGUUCCUGCCCACAUUCGCGCCCGCGAAGGGUGGGCAGACACCACAUUCAGCCUCCUCGCGUCGAGCCACGAGGCGUACCCGCGCCUUCUGUGCGAGCAGGUCUGCGAGGCUGAUGUCAUCUUCUGUUGCACCCCGUCGCGUGAGGACCUCUUCAACGCCGAUAUCCUGACGAGCCGCGAAGGGAGCCGAAAGGCUCGUCUCGUCGUCGCCAUCGGAAGUUACACGCCCGAGAUGCGUGAGCUUCCCGAAGAGCUGCUUCUACAGGCGACCAAGCGCGAGGGGUCACAGUUGCACUUUCAUAAACACGAGCACGCAUCUGACAGCGGCGUCAUUAUCGUCGACACGCGGGAUGGCAUAUUGAAGGAGGCUGGAGAGGUCAUCUCGGCGGGCAUUCAACCUAGCCAGAUGGUGGAAUUGGGGGAGUUGGUUGAGAUUCUCCGACAGAUGGAGUCGCAAGAAGCCAGCAAGGACGCGUCGUUGGCAAAAUGGUUGCGGGACGGGACGGUCAUUUACAAGAGUGUCGGUCUAGGACUCAUGGAUCUGGCAGUCGGUAUGCAUCUCAUUAAGGUGGCUGAAGAAAAGGGGGUCGGGACUCGCAUCGAUGGAUUCUAG